CGAGCUACAUCGCCAAGAAGAUUCUCACUUUCUCUCAACCAAGCAAUACAAUGAAGGUUGAGAAGGAAACGAGAAAACUUCUUCAGAUGGCUGUACAAAGGAGGAGGAGAUUAAGAGCGACAAUGCACUGCUUGGUGAUAGGCUAUACAAAAGAAGAAGGUGGCGAAAGGACGGCAUCUUUGAUGGACAACUUGAUGGGUCUGCUACGGAUACACGUCAAAAGAGGCGUAAACCUUGCCGUUCGUGAUGUCUUAAGCAGCGACCCUUACGUUGUUGUUAAAAUGGGCCACCAGAGACUCAAGACUCGUAUGGUAAAGAAGGAUGUAAAUCCUGAGUGGAAUGACGAUUUAACUCUGUCCAUAACAGAUCCUAAUAUUCCAAUCAAACUGACCGUGUACGACCAUGACACAUUUACUAAGGAUGACAAAAUGGGAGACACGGAAUUUGAUGUUGCGCCAUAUAUAGAAGCCUUGAAAACGCAUACCAAUUUGGAAGAAAUCUCAAGUGGAACCGUGCUAUCAAGAUUACAACCAAGCACCUCCAACUGCCUGGCUGAGGAGAGUCCCAUAUACUUGAGCGAAGGGAAGAUCGUCCAAGACCUUGUCCUCAGACUACGAAACGUGGAGUGCGGUGAAGUGGAACUUCAACUCGAGUGGAUUUACUUUCCAGGCUCUAAAACGUUCCUAAGUCAAUGAAUGUUUGUUGUUGGG